GCAGUGACUUCUGGGUCCGGCUCUGCAGAGGUGCUCCUUGUGCUCUACCCAGCCUGCUCCAAACGGAUGUUCCGAGGUUUCUCAGCCUGCUGCCAUCAGGACCAAGUGAUGUCUUCUUCCUCCCACCUGCCUUUCAACAAGCAAUGUUCUUCCCUUAAUUUGAUGCCUCCUUAAACAGCACCCUAGUAAAACUUUGCCUUUAAGUGCUCGAUUGUAUGUCCACUAUCAGUGUAACAACCCCUCUUGGAGAAUCUCCAGUCACCACCAAUAAGAAAGUUUCCUGGUUUGAGGCACUCAGGUUUGAAGAUGUUUGGAUUAAGUCCAACGCAAAAGGUGAAAUGACUUGUGCUGUAAAUCAAAAGAAUUAUAAAGACAGCACCUUACAGAUGAAAUUAGUCUGGGAGGAAAGGACCUUGAAGACAUGGGCUGUGCCGUGGCUUGGCUGCUGUGAAUCAUGCGUUCGAAACGGCAGAAAUGUGAGCCAGGAUGCUGAAAUGUUUGGGUUUUGGAUGGCAGUUCUGAAUCUGAUUCUGGGCAGCGCAGGGAUUUGCCUGUGGGAUCAGGGCUUCAUAGUUGCCUUUCGCGAGCAUUCCAGUGCAGAUCCCACCAUCGGUCACAUGCUGGGCUCUGCAGUCCUGGCACCGCUCGACCGCGCUGCUGUCACCACAGGACACUUUCGCACUGACCGACAGGUCCUGCAAUCCAGGAAGGGUUAUAAAUAUUCCUGUGCCCCUGUCAUCCUAAAGCCCAUCCUCAACCACCAGAAAGUGAUCUCAACUCAUGUAUUUAGCAUGUUGGGCUUAGCUAAUGCUGUAUUUUUAGAUUGCUAUCUGAAAAAGAAAAACGUAGCAGUUUUAAAAGGCAAGAUCAAAUUUCUAAGCAAGAUGCUUUGUGAGGGGGCUUCACAAUGCUUGAGCAGGUUUGGUCAGCGCAUCUUUUGUUUCCACAGUUGUCCAUCUCUGCUUCUAAGAGGUUUCUUAGACCAGUCCUUGGGCUCAACUUUCAGCAAACAGAAUUUCCUUCCAUUCAGAUGCAAUGCUGCAAAAUGAGUACUAGGUCUGUCUGGAGCGAUUUUUAAUAGCAUUAAAACUUCAGACCCAGAAGUGUCUGUCGUCCUCUUUGUCUGGCCUUUGCAACUUCCAGUCUAAGCAGGCCAUAUGAAUUAAUCUCCCCUGUCUUGGCACUUUUGUGAUGGCUUCCUCCAUCUCCUGGAGAGGAUUUGUUUCUUUCCUAGUGAUUAUUUUAUGUAUUGCAAAGAUGUUUCCUUAAAUCAGACCUACAAUGGCUUAGAAGUGCUGAUCAUGAUUAGAAACAGCCCAUUUUCCAAGGACCUCAUUCCAAUGUGAGACAACAUAACCCCAGUAGGAGGCAAUGCACGGUGCAAUGGAAGGUUAGUAGCAGAAUCGGGCCAAGGCUGCAAGACUUGGGAUUAGCGCCCAAAAUCUGUGUGCAACCUGUGUACGGUGCUGCUCUGAACUUGUCU